AUGGAAGUGGGAUGGUUUGUCAGCGUGGAUGAGCGCCCGGCUGGUGAGGAAUAUCGAGCGCAGAACCACUCGGGUAGUCUGAAACUUGGUUCGCAUAACACUCACACCUUGAGAGAUCCGGACAACAGUGAACGCGACCGCCAGGCCAACCAACCACAGGAGCGUCCUGGAAGGGGAGGGAACAGAGCUGAGCCAAGCCUCGCGUUUGCACGGGAGAGCAUUUCCCACGCAGACAGGUGUUUAUCGCUCUCUGCUGGUGGACGUGAUAAACAUGUUCGUUGGUGUUGGGGUUUUGGGGGAGUUCAGGAGCGUUUGCGUCCGCAGGAUGGGUCUGAAGCAUCACCGGGUCAUUCUUGCGGCCUGGAAACACACGAUGUAGCUCGGCAGUCUCCAAGGCAGCAUCAUCCAGCUCGAGACUGCAUCCGUUGCCCGCUGCUGGUUGUGGUCGUUCGUUCGUUGCGAUUGGCCCGUAAUGUUUCCGCCCCCUUGAGCUGGGUUCUAUAUCGAAGGUCCCUCCCCUCCCUCACGGAGUCCUCCGGAGGUACUUCGAACAAUCCAACGCCGUAA